AUGUUGACUUUAUUGAGAUCUUCCAUUGUUCUUACCCUGCUCUCAGCCUUGGCCCUUCCAGCUCUCUCUGCUCCUUUGGAAAAACGAGAAGACCGUACCGUCGUAGUGAACAUACCCGAUGAUACUUUUCUGAUUCGACAAGAUCCCAGCGUAUCAGUGCGAGGAGCAGGUUCUCAUAAAUUCACAUUCCCUCCUGCUAAAGAAGGUGGAACAUCCACUGAUUAUGACAAACAAGAAUUCUUUUAUGAUUUAUAUGAAGAAGGGUCUAAUUUCGGGAAACCUUUAUAUCAUCUUACGUGCUACGUCAGAGUAUUCCAAGUAUUCGGAGGUAAUGAAGAGUGGAUCUUGAGUCGAAUUGGAGCUAAAGCGAAAGACGAUGCGACCAGGACCAACAUGGUGGACGUGAUCUGUCCUGCGGACGAUCAUUCUUGUAUGGAUGGUGCGGAUUGUUCAAAGACUCCGGGAUGGGGAAAGUAG